AUGCUAUUAUCUGACGAGCCAAAUGCCCUGGUUAUAAUUACCGGCGACUUUAAUCAUCACACGACAGGAUUUAAAUCAAAAGAUAUAUCUCAAGCCAACCAUCUUAAGCAGCUUGUAACUUUCAAAACUAGAGACUCGGGUACGCUGGACUGGUUUUUUACAAAUAGACCAAAGUUGUUCAGUGUAUCGCAAUUGCCCAAAGUCGCAUCCUCUGAUCAUUAUACCAUCUUGGGCAGAACAAUGUUAUCAUCCAGACACAAACCGGCCAUCAAAAUAGAGUCACGUGAUAUGCGCGACACCGCAUGGCGUGCGCUGGGGCGCUGGAUGACCGAGAAGACUGGUACUCGGUUCUUAAUGCUGAGUCUUGUCAAGACAAGUUCAGGCUGUUGA